AGAGAGAGAGAGAGAGAGAGAGAGAGAGGAGCUCUAAACAACUGGCACCAGACCACACCUCAGCACAUGGUUUCCCCUUGUACCCCCGAGCAGCCUUCAUCCAAACACCCCGCUCUCUCUCUCUCUCUCUCUCUCUCUCUCUCAUAAUCCAAUCCCUUUCAGUUUAUCUCUCUAGCCAUUCCAACGCUGCUGCUGCCCUCACCCUCUUUCUUCUCGCGUAAGCAACUCUGCAUUCGUAUCUACAAUCUCGUCCACCAAUUACCUGUAUAAGCAAUGGAAUCGCCCGAUGCUCGUUACGCUUCCUCCACCGAGGCCCCACCGAACCAGUCUUCUCCUCGCGAUUCACCGACUCGAGAAGGUACGGAGAAGAACACACACAUUAGGUUCCUGGUAUCUAAUGCUGAAGCUGGUUCAGUUAUUGGGAAGGGUGGCACCACGAUUUCUGAGUUUCAGUCUCAGACUGGAGCACGGAUUCAGCUGUCACGAAAUCAUGAAUUCUUUCCUGGAACAUCCGACAGGAUUAUUAUGGUAUCUGGAACAUUUGAUGAGAUACUCAGGGCAGUAGAUCUAAUUCUUUCUAAAUUGCUUAAUGAGUUUUGUGUUGAAGAUGGUGAAGACGUUGACCCAAAGUCGAAACUUAGACUGAUUGUACCAAAUAGCUCUUGCGGUGGAAUAAUUGGGAAGGGUGGCGCCAACAUAAAAUCAUUUAUUGAAGACUCUCGAGCUGGAAUUAAGAUAUCUCCGCUAGAUAACAACUUCAUUGGGUUGAAUGAUAGGCUAGUGACACUGACUGGUACUCUAGAUGAACAGAUGCGGGCUGUUGAGUUGAUUAUGUUAAAGUUGGCUGAGGAUCCUCAUUAUGCCCAAUCCUUUAGUGCCCCCUUUCCAUAUGCAGGUGUUUCAUUUGCUGUUUAUCAUGGUAGUCCAUCUACGUCUGUCCUUCCUUCUGUUGGAACAGCAGCAGCAUACAAUGCAAUGAACUAUGGGGCAAAUGGAGCUGGCGUAAAGUUUCAGAAUAAUAAGGAGGACCGGAGUACCUCGGUGACCAUUGGUGUGGCAGAUGAGCACAUUGGUGUUGUUGUGGGCCGUGGUGGAAAAAACUUAAUGGAAAUCAGUCAGGUUAGUGGGGCUAGGAUCAAAAUAUCAGAUAGAGGUGAUUUCAUGUCUGGAACAUCCGAUAGGAAAGUGACUAUCACAGGGUCACAAAGGGCAAUCCGUGUAGCGGAGGCCAUGAUAUCACAGAAAGUAGCAUCGGCUUCUGACCGGUGAUGGAUUAAUUGUAUAAUUUUCUCAUCUUCCCUUGAGAAGUAUGUGAGUCAGUUGAUCGACCUUCCAUUUCUAUAUACAUUCAACUAAUUUUGGCAUACGAUGUAACAAUGAAAUUGGAUCUCUGCUGGGACCUCAGAGGACCCAUAGGUUUUGUUGAAGAGAGCUUCGUUGAUUUAUUCUUAGAUUACAGGAAAUAUAGGGCACAAUUGUCGAGUUUAAAUUUGUUGAGAUAGCCCAAUAGAACUGUUUGUUGACUUGUAUACCUAUUUAUAUUCUAUUUGCAGUUGUAGCUUCCAAUUAGCUUCAAACUAA